ACAAAGCGUCUUCUGAAAAGGCGGGCUGCUUCAGUAUUUUUCGUCGUCAGAGUGCCAUUGUCAGCAUGAAUUUAGAUACUUUUAAUAAAAAUAAUAGCAAAAAUGCUAUAAUUAAGUCAGUCGUACCGGAUGUAACAAAAUCAGAGCCUUGUAUGCUGGGCGUGGACGAGGCUGGAAGAGGACCUGUUUUAGGUCCCAUGGUCUAUGGAAUUGCUUACUGUCCACUUUCAGCAGAAAGUCAGCUGAAAGAACUUGGAUUUGCUGAUUCUAAAACUCUUACUGAGGAGAAGAGGGAAGAGCUUCUGAGUUCUGUGGAGAAAUCUUCAUUUCUUGGCUUUAUGGUGGAAGUCAUACCUCCGUCUGUCAUCAGUGGCCACAUGCUUGAUGUGACAAAGUACAGUUUGAAUGCAAUUAGCCAUGACUCUGCCAUUGGUCUCAUUCGGCAAGCUCUGGAUGAUGGUGUACAAGUAGCAAAAGUGUAUGUAGACACAGUGGGCCCACCUGAAAAGUAUCAAGAAAAACUACAGGCACUUUUUCCCGAUAUAGAUGUCACAGUGGCCAAAAAGGCAGAUGCUACGUAUCCCAUUGUUAGCGCAGCUAGUAUCUGUGCCAAGGUGGCUCGGGAUCAUGCUAUUCAGUCUUGGGAGUUUCCAGAAGGCAUAAGUGUGAAGGCAGAGGAUUAUGGCUCUGGAUACCCAAAUGAUCCUGUGACAAAAAAGUUCCUUUUGGAGAACAUUGAUACAGUAUUUGGAUUUCCCAGCCUCGUGCGCUUCAGUUGGUCUACAGCAGAAAAGUUGCUUGAAGACAAUGCUGCUGCUGUUAUGUGGGACGAAGAGGACAGUGCUGAGCAGAGUGGCAUGGCAUCAAUCCAAACAUUCUUCCAGAGAGACCCCAACCGAGGGAAGAAAGUAGCUGCAAAAGAAAGCUCCUUCUUCACCAAUCGCGCAAUCAGCCAACUCCAUGUAUUGUAACUUCUUCUGUGAGCAUGUGCAUGCACUGGUUGCAGUAUGGUACCCUCAGGGCUGCUUUCGCUGUGGAUUUCUGCCUUGUGACAUAUCUGUGGCAUAUAUAUAUCUUUUUUUCUUAAUUCAGGGCUUUGCUGCAAUGCAUAUGUAGUAAAAGAAAAAUUUUAAAAAGAAGUCAGAUGUGUGCUCACUUUCAUUAACCUCUUAGUGCCUAAUUUAUUUUCGACUCGUGCGAAAGGCUUGAAGCUUUGUAGCUUCUCAGACUUGAAAGCCUAUAUUGAAGACUAAACAGGGACUGACAACUGGCCAGAAUGUUAUGUGAGAUGUUGAUGGAAAUGAAAUGACCAUGAUUUAUAGUGAUAAAAUCCGGCACAUUGUUCGCGAUUUAAGUAGGAAUUAUAAUUUUAAAUUGGGCAAACAAAGUCUUAAAAACCCGUAAGUGGCGAGACCUGGUGGUGAAAUCAUGGUACUUGGGAUGUAUUGUAUGAGAUUCCUGUAUGUAAGUCGACUGUUAUUAAGUAUAUCUUAAUUAUUGUUUAAAAUUGCAGUUGGUAUAUUAUUAGACACUCGCGCAUUAUUGUAUGUUUCAGAAAUCAAAAAUGCACGCGUGGCUAUGGCAACACGCUUAACUCCGUAUGACGUGUAAAGGCAUUGUUUUGUUUUCAGUCCAAUUCGUUUUGUUUUUUCAAUAGUUAAAUGCCAAGACGGUUAGACACGAAACCACAAAAACAUGUAGCUGUUAUCGCAGAAAUCAUUUAACUAUUCAGAAAACAUGAAUCGCAGUAACAUCGAUUUGAUAAACAAAAUCAUACUUUGUUACAGCAUGGCCACACUUGUCAUCUGCCUCCCACUAAUGCUGGCGUAUAAUCGCUAUCGCGCUCACCUAUCCCCAUUUUCGGCAUGCUUCGAGUGAACGACUACAUCCUCAGUGCAGAUAAAAAAAUUCCAAUAAAAAAUGUUCCAUGGCAUUUUCUGCAUUAGCACGUCAUGAUUAGACACUCUGACCGAUAAGCUUUCCAUUGCACUGAAAAAAUGGGUACCAUGAAAAUUGGUUGUCAGUCCCUUUGAAAGCUUCGGUGCUCUGCUAUAUUUCGAAAAAUUCUUAUGACGUGAAUUUAUGAGAUGAGCAUUUGGUCUUUCAUCAAGCAGGGCUUAAAAUUUAUGCAGAUUUGUAUGUAAUUAAAGAAUGUUUUUUUCUCAUCUCCAACGCUCUUUAUAUGAACCCUUUUAUGGACAAGACAUAUAAAUACCCGAAGGAAAUGUUUAUUUUUAAUCGAAAUUUGCAACAUAUACGGGAAUAAGCAUAUUCAAGGAAAGAAACUAUGUAUGUAUAUUGCAGACCAAAGGGAGGCAACACUAAGCAGAACCUUGAAAGUGAGCUUCACCCCAAGGCACCUAUGGCUUUGUGUAGAUCUUGUACAAACAAUUCUCGUUGGAUGUGAAACAUUAGUGUACAUUGCAUUUGCUUUAUACCUGUGCGAUACUGCCAUUGCAGCCAGGGAUUUUGCAUCAAUGUCUUCUCUGACCAUGCUACACAUAAUAAAAAGCAAAUUAAAGAAAGUAAA